CCUUUGAUAUAUGACAGCGCGUCACAGCGCAUGUGCCCAAAGCGAGGCUAGGAGGGACGCAGCAGUAUGCAAAGAUGGCGCGCCCUGAUGAGAAAGCGUGGGCUGAUUACACUGUUCACGGCGCGUGUUCCGUGGCAGGCUGCAGCAGCAGCGGCUACAGAAACCGGGAGCUGCAUUUCCACGCGUUUCCUGCAGACCAGACCCGGAGAUCACAGUGGAUUGCGGCGACGAAGCGAGAUGCGGGACCGGCAUUUCAGAUUAAAAAAGGCAGCACGUACGUGUGCUCGGCGCAUUUCAGGCCGGAAGACUACAAAUGGACCCCGGUCCGAAAAUCACUGAGGGCUGAUGCCGUGCCGCGUGUUUUCUCCCACUGCGAGGGCUGGGAAGAGAUCCACUCCGGCGUGCAGACCCCCGACACAAACACGCUACCCAGCAUGGCUGACUGUGCCACAGAGCAAAUCCUUUGUGUUCCCUGGCUGAGCCCCGAUGUCAAGCUGGAGCCCCUGGAAAUGAACCCCCCUCUCCUCCUGAAGGAGGAGCCCCCAGGAGCGACCCCCCCUCUCCUGAAAGAGGAGCCCCCAGGAGCGACCCCCAUCUCCUCCGUGAAGACCGAGUUUGAAGAUCAGGGUGACCUGUACCUCCUGCAGCAGGAUGAGCUGAGCGACGCUGGAGACCCCUCUCCUGCACCUCCAGGAGCCGAGGACUCUGCAGAGACUCCAGAGCCCCACCGCUGCUGGGACUGCGCCCGCUCCUUCAGCACGGCGUUCCAGCUCACAGAGCACCGGCGCCUGCACACGGGCGAGCGCCCCUACAAGUGCGUUCAGUGCGGCAAGAUGUUCUGCCACCUGGCCAACUACCAGCAGCACCUGGAGCGCCACGGCCAGGAGCCCGAGAGCCCGCGCCCGCGCCUCUGCCCAGCUUGCGGAGACACCCUGGCACCCCAGCACAGCCUGGAGUACCACGUGGCCGUGCAGUGCCAGCCUCACAAGUGCGCGGGCUGCAAGAGGGGCUUCUCCACCCUGGAUGGCUACCUGAAGCACCUGCGCCGCUACGGGGACCACCGGCGCCACAAGUGCCCGGACUGCGGCCGCGGGUUCAAGAAGAGGACCUACAUGGUGAAGCACCAGCUGCGGUGCCCCAAGCGGGAGCCUCCUGGGGGAGCGGUGUCGCGGCGGGCAGCUGGCAGAGGGGGCCCCCAGUCCAGGAGAGAGCCCCCGAGAUGCCCCGGCUGCAACCGCAUCUUCAGCAGCGCCGGGGUGUUCAGACGGCAUCGCUGCAACCCCUUCAAGAUCCACUGCUACGCCUGUGGCAGCUACUUCGGGUGCUACAGGCAGUACGAGAGCCACAAGCAUGAGGGGGGGACGGGCUGCCCCGGGAACAGCCAGGAGGUGCUGAGGAGGAACGCCUGCCCCCGCUGCGGCUCGGACAGCCACACGUUCCAGGGGGCCGACCCCAGGCUCUGGGUUGUGGGGGACGGGCUGGCCACUUGCAGGCUGUGUAGGAAGGGCUUCCGGUUCCCCUGCCAGCUGGAGCCUCAUCACAGGAUGCAUGAGAGCAAGCAGGGAGAGGGAGAGGAGACCGGACCCCAGGGAACGAGCAAGGGGACCGGGCCAAAGCGAGAGAGCACGGGAGCAGAUUCACAGGGAGAGGACGACAGGGUCGGCUCAGAGGGAGAGGAGAGGAGUUCCAGACUGCAGGGGGUGAGGCUAGAGGGAGAGGGGCAGCGGAGGGGAAUUCCAGAGGAGGAGCAGGGGCAGCGGGAGGGCAGCUUGGAGGGGGAGGGGCCGCUGGAAUGCUUUGACUGUGGACAGCUUUUUGACGAAGCGGAGAUUCUCCAUGAACACUACAUGCAGCAUGCGAGGGGCGAGGAGACUGACGCCCCGCUCGAGCGGGGGGGAGGAGCUCGAGACUGCGCUCCCCACCCCCACCCCCCCCUCGACGUGUGCACGCCCGGGAACCACAGCUGGGCUUAG